AUGCCGCGGGCCCCAGAGGCCCCCCCGGUGCAAGUGUGGGUGGGCGGCCAGCUCUUCCAGGCCGAGCGGGCCCUGCUGGUGGAGCACUGCGGCUUCUUCCGUGGCCUUUUCCGCUCCGGCAUGCGGGAGACGCGCGCGGCCGAAGUGCGCCUGGGCGCGCUGAGCGCUGGCGGCUUCCACACCAUGCUGCAGGUGCUGCGCGGCGAGCGGCCGGCGCUGGCGGCCGCCGACGAGCUGCUGCAGGCCGUGGAGUGCGCCGCCUUCCUGCAGGCGCCCGCGCUGGCGCGCUUUCUGGAGCACAGCCUCACGUCGGACAACUGCGCGCUGCUGUGCGACGCGGCCGCCGUCUUCGGCCUGCACGACGUAUUCCACAGCGCCGCGCUCUUCAUCCGCGACGGCGCGCACGACCUGGCGGCCGAGCUGGCGCUGCCCGAGGCGCGCGCCUACGUAGCGGCGCUGCGGCCCAGCAGCUACGUGGCCGUGAGCACGCACACGCCGGCGCCCGGCUUCCUGGAGGACGCGUCGCGCACGCUGUGCUACCUAGACGAGGAGGAAGACGCGUGGCGCACGCUGGCCGCGCUGCCCCUGGAGGCCAGCACGUUGCUGGCGGGUGUAGCCACGCUGGGCAACAAGCUGUAUAUCGUGGGUGGCGUGAGGGGCGCCAGCAAGGAGGUGGUGGAACUGGGCUUCUGCUAUGACCCGGCCAGCGGCACGUGGCGCGAAUUCCCCAGCCCGCACCAGCCGCGCUACGACACGGCGCUGGCUGGCUUCGAUGGCCGCCUCUACGCCAUAGGCGGCGAGUUCCAGAGGAUGCCCAUGAGCUCUGUGGAGCGCUACGACCCCGCUGCGGGUUGCUGGAGCUUCGUAGCCGACCUGCCGCAGCCGGCUGCCGGCGUGCCCUGCGCCCAGGCGUGUGGCCGCCUCUUCGUGUGUCUAUGGAGGCCGGCUGACACCACGGCCAUAGUGGAGUACACUGUGCGGGCCGACACGUGGCUGCCGGUGGCCGAGCUGCGGCGCCCGCAGAGCUACGGCCACUGCAUGGUGGCCCACCGCGACAGCCUCUAUGUGGUGCGCAAUGGACCUUCCGACGACUUCCUACACUGCGCCAUCGACUGCUUCAACUUGGCCACGGGCCAGUGGACGGCGCUGCCUGGCCAGUUUGUCAACAGCAAGGGAGCUCUCUUCACAGCGGUGGUGCGCGGCGAUACAGUCUAUACGGUCAACCGCAUGUUUACGCUGCUCUAUGCCAUCGAGGGUGGCACCUGGAGGUUGCUCAGGGAGAAGGCCGGUUUCCCAAGGCCCGGCUCCUUGCAGACCUUUCUUCUUAGGCUGCCUCCUGGAGCCCCGGGGCCUGUGGCCUCAACGACACCAGAACUGUGACCCUGGGCUGGUCUUAGGAGGGGAUAUCCCGGAGUCUUCGCUGAGCCAUGGCAGAGUCUAUAAAGCCGGCCUUUGGAGCUGUGUGGAACUUCUGUCUCCCUGGUUGAGAUAUCCAGGUCUUGGGCAUUCUGGUGAUAUGAACAUGUCCAAGAAAUUCAAAGAGUUAGGGCGACGCCAGGGUCUGAGCCCUCAAAUUACUUGGGUUCUGCUGAGAGAUGGUGGGUCACAAUGCCAGUGAGGGGGUAGGAUUUCAGUAAUUCAGGCUUGUAUGUGAAUGGGCCAAUAAUUGAGAAUGGCUAGGAGUGAGUUAGAUGAUGUUAAUCGAACUGCCAGUCAGUAGGCAAAAAUUAGGCACCUACUGUGUGCCCAGCAGUGUUAGGCUUAAUGUAGCUGUAGUUGCCAGAGGGGUCCACAAAGCCCUAGAGUCUAAUCCAAGACAACAAAAGGUUUACACACACUUGUCUUGAUCCACGAGGGCUAAAGGCAACAGGCAAAACAAAAACCUUCACAAUGGAAUAAAACAAAAUAUUGAAGAAAUCCGGGCAAAGGGAAAAUAAGGAGAGGAAAGAUAGGUAACUGCAGGAAGGAGGAUCGUAUACAAAGUGUAUGGAGAAGACAGGCAGGAUAAUUAGCUGCUGCAGGGGAGGCUCAGAAGGUGCAGACAGAGCUCAGAAGAGGAGAUGGGGGAAAGCUGGGGCAGGUGGCAAGAGGCUCUGAGAGCCCAGCCUUUAAGGUGGAACAGCUGUGGAUGGAGGCAUUUGGGGAGGAGGCGAGGCUGGGAUGGCUUGCAGAGACAAUAACUGAGUUAAACCUGGAGUGAGAUGUGGAGGGGUGGUAGGGUUCCCCACACCCCCUUACAGGAUGUGGACUGGCAGGGGAGAGCUCAUUUGCAAGCCCCUUGCCCACUUACUUAUUUACCAUCACCCUUCGGGCAGUGGAUUAUUAACUUCCAUGACUGUAGGUUACUCAAGGUAGGAGCCCAGUCCUGGCCGGGUCUCACUGUCACAUCUCCCUCAGUUGUAUCCCUCCUCCACCUGCUGCAGGUUCAUUCUCCUCUAGCCUCUGCUCCUGCCAUUCUCUGGGCCUGGAAUGCCUUUCCUCUCCACCCCUCACCCUUCUUUUGGCUCUGUUCCCACCUCCUCUGUGCAGGGUUGGCUGUUCCUGACCUUGGCUACCUGCAUUGCUCAUUGGACCCCUGACUGACAUCAUUCUAUGUGUGAAGCCAUGCACGUGUGCAGAUGGCAAGUGCAGAGAUCCUAUUGUGCUGUCAACUGACCUGAGCACUUUCCCACCUACAGAAUCAAAUAAUGAGGUCCUGAAAGAACCUCAGGCUGUAGAGGCUGUACUCCUUAGGAACCUGGUGUUGGAUGAGGACUCUUGUGCCUUCUUUAGAAUAUUCCUACCCUGAUUUCUGGUCAGAUGUCCUCCAGCUUCUCCAUGCCCUUGGGCAGACUUCUCUGGGUGUCCCGAACGGUCUCCAUCCUCUUGGACCUGAGACCGAUAGGAGAUCCUAACCUCAUCACAAGCCUAGAAUGCAGUGUCAGCAUGGAGCCUAGCAUUAGGGCUGCUCUAGCUGCCUUUUUCCCUGACCUAUGUCCCAGGCCCUGGAGAAUGCUGCCCUCAGAAGCCCAGGACCUGCUUGCCCUGGAAUAGCCUAAUCUGAUGAAUCACAACAAUAAAUCCUGAUUUUUGCAUCC